AGCAGCAAACCAAGUGCAAGAAGCCUGCACUUCCCUCUCUGUUACCCUGGGGAGGCCCAGAGUGGAGAAUGAGUCAGGUAUUCUGGGGCAGCGACAGCAGCCACAGCCGCCGCUUACAGACCUUUGGUAACGCUCAUGGUGCUAAAAGCUGAGCCAGUGCUAGGUGGAGAGAGGGCAGUCCGAUCCAGAGAGAAGAAGGAUUUGGACUUGGCUGUGCUCAGGUGUGCAGACAGAAGUGUCCCUUAGAAGCAGGAACCAGAAGAGACAGGUUGAAGCUCAGCUAUGAGUAGUCCCAGCACCAAGCCAACAUGUCUGUCACAGCCAGUGGUGAAGAGUGUGAUGGUGUAUCGCAAUGGAGACCCAUUCUUCCCAGGGCGACGUGUGGUCAUCCAUGAGAAGAAGGUGUCUAGUUUUGAUGUCUUCUUAAAAGAAGUGACAGGUGGAGUGAAUGCUUCUUUUGGGGCUGUGCGGAAUAUUUACACACCUCGUGGUGGGCACCGCAUCCGGCAACUAGAUGACAUUCAGAGUGGAGAGCACUACGUUGCCGGUGGCAGGGAGGCCUUCAAAAAACUCAACUACUUGGACAUUGGGGAGCUGAAGAAAAGGCCUAUAGAAAUUAAUAAUGAGGUGAAGCCAGUUACUCACAGUAGAAUCAAUGUGUCUGCACGAUUUCGAAAGCCACUUCAGGAGCCAUGUACUAUUUUCCUGAUUGCUAACGGUGACCUCAUAAGCCCAGCGGUGCGUCUUUUCAUCCCAAGAAAAGCACUGAAUCAGUGGGAUCAUGUUCUUGAAAUGAUUACCGAAAAAGUUAUACUCAGAAGUGGGGCUGUGCACAGGCUCUACACGUUAGAUGGAAAACCUGUUGAGAGUGGGUUGGAUUUGGAAAAUGGGCAAUUUUAUGUAGCAGUUGGGAGAGACAAAUUUAAGAAGUUGCCCUAUAGUGAAUUACUCUUCAGCAAGUCAACAAUGAGGAGAUCUUAUGGUCCUAAAUCAUCCUCACUACCUCCUAUCGGUGGAUCUGGAAAGUCUAAAGGGAGCUCAAAAUCUACUGACACAGGUGACACAGUAUCCUCUCCUCAGCCCCCAAAGAGAAAGGAAAACCGUGGACAAAAUCAAGAGUCUAAAACCCCAGCAAAAUCAAAAGAAAAUGUAAAAGCAGUGACCAAAUCUUACAUUCUCCCAGAUAAUGAAGAGGGUAUUUACAAAGCUGGCAAAAAGCGGUCUGAAAUGCGGGGGGCUGCAGAAGUCCAGGAAGAUGAUGACACUCAAACCGAAGUCCCACUUGACCAGCAGCCAGCAGAAACUGUGGAUGAGGAAGAAAACAUGGCGCCAGAACACAACGCUCAGCAUCAAGGAGAAUAUUCAGCGAUGAAUGGGGAGGGUGGAGAAAUGGGGGAGGAGAAACUGAAUAACCAUUAUGAAGAUGAGCAGCAAGGGCAGAGCCUUGACCAAGCAGCACAGGAGGAGCUUAGUAGUCAUGCACAUGGUGAAACAAAUGAAGAAAAUGGUGAAGAAAUGGAUCACAAAAGUCAUGAAGAAGAAACAAAAGAAGGUAUUGAUGAUCAAACCCAGGCUGAUUCCAAUUAUGAAAAAACGUCAGCUCCAAGAGUCACGAUCACCAGUCCACAGGAAAGUGAAAAAAAUGAACAAACCAAUGAAUAUGCAGCAGUAGCAUAGGCAUAUUUUAAAGGACAUAGAGUUAGCCAAAAAUGAAGGAUUUUAUAUUUGGAAUGCAAAGCAUCUUUUUCUGUGAUUGAUUAAUUUAUAAUGUGACAAUAUGAUGGCGCUCCAUCCAUUGAGCCCUGAUGUGAUAAUGUGGUAUCCAGUACUUAGAUAAUUAAAUGAUGCCUGUUAAGAGGAAGAUUGAAUUAUAAUCCCAAGGUUUGGCCUUCCUCUGAUGUGAAUUUUAAGGGAAAACAUAGGUGUUAAUUUAAUAAAUAUUGUCAUUACAAAAUGUUGAAUAUUGGACUCGCUCCCAUAUAUGCUUACAAAAAAGAUGGCUAGGCUAAAAGCAGUUUGUUUAGAAGAGUUAAAUAAUAUUUUUGUGACUUUAAAAUUGAGAAACUGAUAUUUUUUAAAAAGAU